UGAACCACUUCCAGCGGACACCUUCAGUGAAAACCUGCCGAGACCCCGGUGGAUUAUUCUUGUGGGAUUUAAAAGUCAAGCUUGGCCGCUUUUCCUGACGAUUCACUUUAGUUUUUUGAGUCAAACCAGCGGAACUUUCUGUCUUAGAUCAGGCCGAGGUUCAACUGAGUAGCUUUUCAUUCUCCUUUGCGGUGGGUCAAGUGGUAAGGUGCGAGCAGGAGGUCUCACAGUGUCCGCCUGGCUCCGUGAUGCGGACCCAGACGGCAGACCAAAGUUCGGCCCGGACUUGAUGAGUUGGGUCGCGGCGGCCGGGAGCGGUGGAGCCGCGGCGGGGAUGGCGGUAAACACCAGCGCGUCAGCGGCGCAGUCUGACGCGACGGGACGGAACGUUCCAGCGCUGGUGUUCGGGAUUCUGCUGACCAUCGCGAUCAUCUGCGGGAACCUGCUGGUUUGUCUCAGUGUUCUCACCGAGAAGGCUCUGAAGACCACCACCAACUACUUCAUCGUCAGCCUGGCGGUAGCGGAUUUGAUGCUGGCGGUGCUCGUCCUGCCGCUCUUCAUCUACUCGGAGUUCCAGGAUGGGGUUUGGACCCUCAGCACCACUGUCUGCGAUGGCCUGAUGACCAUGGACGUGAUGCUGUGCACCGCCUCCAUCUUCAACCUCUGCGCCAUCAGCAUAGACCGGUUCAUCGCCGUGUUGAUCCCUCUCAACUACAACAGGAAACAUGUGGACCUGCGGCAGGCGGUUCUGUUGUCAGCCACUUGGAUUCUCGCGCUAGCCGUAGCCUCACCCAUCAUAUUCGGCAUUAACAACGUGCCGGGCCGAGACCCCAGUGAGUGUAAGCUGGAGAACGACGACUACGUCCUGUACUCCUCCGUGUGCUCCUUCUUCAUCCCGUGUCCGAUCAUGCUGCUGCUGUACUGCGGGAUGUUCCGUGGGCUCCGGCGCUGGGAGGAGGCCCGAAAGGCCAAGCUCAGGAACAGUAUCCAGGCGUGCCGCAAGCUGCAGGAAGCCAGUGCCACCCUGCCACCUCUGUCCUCCCUGCCGCCGCUGCUCCCUCCUAUCAUUGAAAGAGACCUGGUGGAAAGUCCGGAGGAGCCGACUCCCCUUUCGUCCGUGGAGAAACCUUUCCCCGCUUCAGAUUGUAACGACGGCCCGCUUCAGACAGUGAGCUUCGCCGACAUUAAAUUCAACCCGGAACCUCGCAGGAGACAACGAGCCAAGAUCAACAGCCGUGAGAGGAAGGCCAUGAAGGUCCUUCCUGUGGUCGUAGGAGCCUUUCUGUUCUGCUGGACGCCCUUCUUUGUGCUCCACACGCUGCGAGCGCGCUGCCGGGACUGCAACAUCCCGCCUGCUCUGAUGAGCGUGGUGACGUGGCUCGGCUACGUCAACAGCGCCCUGAACCCCAUCAUCUACACCGUCUUCAACACGGAGUUCAGGAAGUUCUUCAAGAAGUUCCUGCACAACUGCUUCUCCUUCAGCAACUAACAUGGCAACUGUGACUCUUCAACCGAGGAAAGUCAACUGGAUUGACAUGUUAACAAGUCUUAUCAAAGUUGACCGCGAUCAAAAUGGCGAGUUUCCAUGACGUCAGAGUGAAAAAUGCCGAGCAGUGAAUGUAGACCUCCAUCGCUUUAUUAUAUGUGUGGUUUUUAUUAUUAUUAUUAUUUUUUACAUUGAAGU